UGCUGGACACGUUCCUCUCUACUUUAACCUAACCUAACCUCUUUUCUUUUAUUUCUAACCUAACAAUAGCACGUUUGCGUGGUUUGCGUGUGUUUUAUAUGUAGUUAUUAAUAAUUGAUUAAAAUACGGAGAAUUAUUAUAAAAUGUAAUUGUAAAACUCUUGUUUGAUUAUUAUAUAUUUUAAAUUUAUUAUAAUUUUUACAAACAAGAUUUAAGGAUACGUACGCAUAUACGUCUACAAACGAUACAAUGGGGAAAAAUAAGAAAACGCGUAAAGUUGUGAUGCAGAGAUUCGCUCAAAUGAAAAGGAUGAUUAGUCUGAGUGAUUCACGAAUAAAGCCAGAGAAACGGCUGCCAUCAAAGAAAACUCCGAAAGAAGAUAAGACUAAAAUAAAAAUUACAGAAGUGCCACAACAGUCUUCUGCCUUAUUUUUCCAAUAUAAUAUGCAACUUGGACCACCUUACCAUGUUUUAAUUGACACAAACUUCAUUAAUUUUUCUAUUAAAAACAAAUUGGAUAUAAUACAAAACAUGAUGGAAUGUCUCUAUGCAAAAUGCACACCAUACAUAACGGAUUGUGUAAUGGGUGAAUUAGAAAAGCUUGGACAGAAAUAUAGAUUAGCAUUGAGAAUUAUUAAGGAUCCGCGAUUUGAAAGAUUAAAAUGUUUGCAUAAGGGAACCUAUGCUGAUGACUGUCUUGUGAACAGAGUAACACAGCACAAGUGUUAUAUCGUUGCGACUAAUGAUAGGGAUUUGAAACGAAGAAUACGGAAGAUUCCAGGUGUGCCAAUAAUGUAUAUAUCUCAACAUAGAUAUACGAUAGAAAGGAUGCCAGAUGCUUAUGGUGCACCCAAGAGAUAAAGGUAUUACUGUUCUUAAUAAUGUUUUUUACUAAAAAAAGCAAAUAUGUACACUUUGUUAAUAAAACUUAUACUAUACCAUA